AUGCGUAAUCACUGGUUUUGUCUCCUGGCGCUUCUUUGUUGCGGGGUUUGUUGCUCUGCCCAGCAUGAUGCGUCUGACUUUUAUGUGUUCAAUGACUGCUCGGCGACUUCAACUGAAGGUCCCGAGUUUGAUGCGCACCGUGCGAUCCAGCCAGGCACGGGUUACUGGAGCAGUAGCGGUGGCCUCACAGACGACGAAACGGUGACUUGGUCUGGCUACCUGGCGACGUCGGGAAAGCUGAAAGGGAUCCGCGUCAGAUGGCAAUAUGCUCCAGGGGAAGUUCAAGUAACUGUUUCGCCCAACGGUGUUGACUAUCACGUGGCCUUACCUUGGAGAGCAGCAUCAAGCUCAGAAGCUGCCUAUGAUGAAGAUAUCCUCUUCCCCAAAGACGAGGACGCAAAGGUCGUCGUUAUUGGAAUGCGCAGGCAAAUUCACGGCUUCUAUGGCAUAAACGAAGCCAGACCCUUGGGGUCAGGGGAGCCUUUGAUGAUGAUCAUUGGAGGCAUUACAAGCCCGGCCGGGGAAAUGUGCCUGCAAGUCGAGGCGGGCAAGUUCCACUCGGAAGGAUCCUCCAUAGUCCUUGAUUCUUGCGCCUCCGCUCUAGCUGCAGGAGAUGGAAGGGAGCUCUGGUACAGCACACCUCAGAUGCAAUUAGUGGGCGCCAGAACCAAACCACCGAAAUGUAUCACACUGGAAGAUGGAAGCACAGAAAACGGAGGCAAAGUUGUCUUGGCAGACUGUCUCCGGGCUAUGGAGGAAGGUGACGGGCGAUCCUCGUGGGCAUUUGAAGGCAACUCGCAGCUGCGCUUGCAGCGAGCUGGUGCCUGGUGUAUGACGCAGAAGAAUGUCAAUGGUGCUUCGGCUGGAGUUGGCGACAUAACAACGAGCGGCGGCGCUACCGCCACCAGCUCCAACAGUGCCGAUGAAGCCCAUGGCGCGGGUAAAGCAAUCGACAAAGACACAAAUACGUCCUGGCGUUCCAGUCCGGUGGAGGCCGAAGGGCAGACCGUUUCUCUAACAGUCGAUCUCGGUAAGCCCAGCAAGGUGGUCAGCAUACGAAUCCAAUGGGAAUACCCCGCACUCUCGUACGAAAUCUACACAAGCCCCGAUGGGAAGUCUUACGUACAACAAGCUGCAACCCCCGCGAACCCCUCGGUUGAUUCGCUCGAUGAACUGCAUGGAGCUCUGGCCCAGUUCAUCGAAAUCCGCAUGCUCAAGCCACAUCCACGGCUGGGCAAGAGUGAUGAGAAUUUAUUCUACGGCAUCUACGAGGUUCACGUAUACGCGAACCGUCUCGGCUCAGCUGUGGCUCCGUGCGCCGAGGCAGCUAAUUCAGAUGACGCGCGAGACAAGUACUUUGUAGAAUAUGUGACGAGCUUCAACCCCUCUUUGGCUGAUAAAAUCACCUCAAUGGAAAGCGGUGUUCUGCUCCGACAAAAAGCUUUAAAUUCGAAAGCAAAAGAACUUGAGGCUCUUUUCCCUGAUAUGGAAGCAUGUCGGAGCGAUAAACUCCAGUUCGCUGAGAGGAUGAAGAGAGCUGCUGAGCGGGCUGGAAAAAUUUUCGGAGAGUUCAAGUCUGCCGCUGGAGCCGAACGGCUCCGGAAGAAUGUUCUGUCAGGCAUGAAAGCGGGCGAUUCAGCGUCUUCACCGGCGGACGAUUGCUACUCGAUAAAAACAUCAGACUCCACAGCUGUUUCUGGCUUUUACUGGAUCAUGCCCAAAUGUGCUACGGGUCCACUUCGAGUGUACUGCGACAUGACGACAGGAACUUCGAUCUACAUUUGGAAUGGCACGCCACCUCGGAAGCCCGACGCCACUCUGGAUACUGUUGUAACACUCGAUGACAUUCGGAAAGGAUGCGCCCAAGUUGGGCUGGAACCGAUGGUACCCAAAAGUCCGCAGCAUUUUAAAAGCAUUUUAUCAGCGCUUUAUCAGAUGGGAUUUGCCCUGAAAGAGAAAGGGGCUGUUCCUUUGGCGUAUGACUACAGUUGCCUUGAUGGAGCUUGCACCGGCGAAUAUAGGGACUUGAAUGAUGGAGUUACAGACAUGACGUCUUUCGUGCUGUCGCAAGCCGAACCGGAAUCGUCGUCGGUGAACUUGGAUACCGCAGGGCUGGGGCUCAAUGGCGAUAAAACAUCGUUCUUCGACCUUGCGUCGGCUCCCGUGGUGGCGUUGGUCUGCUCGGUCAACACCACUGAAGGCGAGAGAUCUGCGCCUAAUGUUGAUAUCGACUGCGAGACAACCGCUGAAGGACACGAGGCCUUCAAAGGCAUCGCAAACACGAACGUUGUCGUAGAAUGCCCUGAGGGGUGUGCUGAUGAUGCCAGCUUGCCCGUUUACGGAUCGGACGGCGUAUACGCAGCAACGAGCUCCAUUUGCAGAGCGGCCAUCCACGCGGGCCUCAUCAAGUCCGGCGGUGUUGUGAACGUGUCUAUCGAGUCUCCGCGGGCCUCAUAUGAGGGGUCGGUGCAGAAUGGGAUCGUAUCAUCUGCGCUCGAGAAGUCUCCGGGCGCAAGGGCCAUUGUGAGUAUUCGUCUUGGCACCAUCUUUAAGGAGUGUCCCGCUUUUGCAUUUGAAGAGGAAGUCACCAGUUACCCUGCCACCUCGUUCUUAGAGGCUGCAACCGAAAAUGACACCGCAACUAUGCCGCUCGCCUCUGAGAUGGGGGUAGAGGCUGACAUUCAAGAUGCGCUCCAACAGACCAUUCAGCUCAUCGACCGAAUGCAUAACGUGGAUCCCGAGAUAUUUAUGGAGGCUAAAGAAGAAGCGGGAAUGAUUGUCGGAAUUGCACGAAAGCAUUUGAAGCCUUCAGAGAAGUUCCAGCGAUCCCAGAACGCGCAGGUCCUCGAAAUGUUCCUCGGCACGGAAAGUCUUGCUUCGCGCUUGCUCGAGGAAUCCGGAGGAAUGUUUCAGACACUGGAUCAGCUUGGUCAGAAGCUGCACCUCGUUGAGCUGCAACAUCUGGAGCAGACAGGAUUCGAGUCUUUCAAGCUUCACCCAGGAUCGAUGGCGUUCAAGGAUUAUUUCGAGACCUUCGACAGCGUCCGGGCGAAGCAUGGGCCCAGCAACUGGGGCUACUCUGCUUCUCCAAUUCAGGGCAGGAGAGCAGCUGUAGGCCAGUCGACAAGCAUUGUUGGUACCGCAGACACCGAGGGAACAUACGCAAUGUUGCGCGGGCGCCGCUUCUACGACGCAGAUAUCCGCAUAUCGUUUUACUCUGUAGGAUCUGGUAGCGUUGGAAUAGCCUUCAAGAUGAGAGACUUCAACAAUAUGUAUAUGCUAUGGAUGAACCAGAAAGCUCGAGUCAAGCGGUUGCUGCGCAUCGAAGACUCGGUGCCUACUAUCCUUGCCGAACGUAAAGACGGUGGCUACGUUCAGGGGAAAUGGUUCAAUGUCCGCACUGAAACAAGCAAGGGAGUGAUACGUGUGUGUGUCGAGGAGGAAGGCUCGACAGAAAUUGAGGUCUUCAGCGUCCUGGACGAGCGCUUUAUGGUUGGUACUGUUGGGUUCUUCUCUUCCGGCAUGGAAGGGGGUGUGUUCUUUGAGGGGCUCGAAAUCAAAGCCAAAGAAUGCGCCACCCACGCCAAAGCGCCCGCGCCCGCGCCACCGCGAUGCGCGACAUUUGUAGAUACCUUCUACGGCAAUCCCAAUUCGGUGUAUCGGAAACUCGACGCGGCUGAUGCAACGGGCGCAAGCGGCUCGUGGAUAUACAAGGCAAAUGUUGGAAGUCGAAACAAAGUUCUAGCUCAAGUUAACGCCGUCAGAGGUCCUUCUGAAAUUGGCACCUAUGUGGUCAUUAAAGGAAACCGGACAUGCAGAAACGGAUACUUCGCAUUCGAAUUUUUCCCUCAGUGCACCGGGGGAAUAGUCGGAGGCAUUUUCCGGUUCGUAUCGCCACAAGAGUAUCAAGUGGCAGAGCUAGCUCCUAACGAACUUCGGAUCCGAGCAAUCUCCAACGGCCACCCCCGAACAGUAGCCCGCACUCCAGCGUCCAUGUCCCUGAACGCCUGGCACCGCUUGGAGAUUAACUUCGAGGGAUCGACUGUGUAUGUGCACCUUGAGGAGCCUGGUGGCAGUACCAAGCACCUCGCAGCUGAGGAUUUACUAGGCGGCCAAACCCGUGAUGGACUGGUCGGCUUCUCCGCCUACAAUUGCGGGGGCGUGGCCUUCGACUCUAUACAGCUGGCACCAUACAAACUAGAGAGUGUCACACCAGCAGCAAGCUUGUUCACAACCGUCUCUGUGACUAAGGCAUGUCUAGAAACAGCACGAAUUGUGCAUAACAAUAAACACCCUAUGUCUCACCAGGGAAAUGACGAGUGCCAUAGGCAAGCGUGCGAGCGUUGUUGCACAGAAGGCAGUUCCCCCGUUGAGGGCCUCGCAGAUGACGGCGAGGAUAUCCUACGCGAUGCUGUAAAGAGAGAGAAGGCGGAAUGCACCUUUGAGUGCAUGAAACGCAGCAAUCGGCAGGAAAAUCAGGUGCUUUAA